CGGCUGCGGCGGCAAUGGCGGACCUCGGCGCAGUCGUCGGCGCCACCUUUGCCUGCUGCACGGCGGCGGCGUCGGUGUACUCGGCCCGCGCUAGCUUCGAGGAGGCGCCCGCCGCGGAGGCGCCCCCCGCGGCGCCGCAUGCGGAGCCCCGGGCGGCAGAGCCAGACUUCUCGCAGGAGGGCGACGCGGCAGAGGGAGCAGAACCGUCCGACGACCUGCUCGUGGAUGCGGGGCUGGCACUGCUGGACGCGCUGGGCGCCCUCGGCGCGGCGCUCGGCCAGGGCGCGCAGGCAGUCCUCCUGGGGCUCCUGGAGGGCGUGGCGGAGGGCGCCGGCAGCGUGUUCGGCGAGGCCGCCGACACCUUCGCCGCCGCGGGCGCCCCGGGCGCGCUCUUUGCCGCCGGGCUCGCGCUCGUGCUCGCCAGCGGUGCGUUGGGCGGCGGCGCGGGGCCGCCGACGCGCGCGCCGUGCGUCGUACCCGCUGAGGCCAGCGGCGCCACGCAGCAGGUGGCGGAGGGGACUCACCAGGACCAGGUAACACAGAAGCAGGUGGCCAGCAUGUCCAUGAGGGUUACGGCGACGACGACGACCAUCGACAUGGAGUUCCUGGCCCAGGGAUUCGAGCAGAAGCAGAAGGAUUUCCAGGAAGCUGCUGAACGCCUCCGCACGGCUGCGCCCGAUGACUAG